GGUGCAGUGGGCCUUUUCUAUUAGUGAAAUUAAUGGCAUGAUCCUUGUAGGACUCUGGAUAUUUCAGUGGCUGCUCUUAAAAUACAAGUCUAUUAUUAGCAGAAGAUUCUUCUGCCUAGUUGGCACGCUGUACCUGUAUCGGUGUAUUACAAUGUAUGUAACUACACUCCCAGUUCCCGGUAUGCAUUUCAAGUGUUCUCCAAAGCUUUUCGGAGACUGGGAAGCCCAGCUGCGAAGAAUAAUGAAGCUCAUUGCUGGAGGCGGCCUGUCCAUUACUGGCUCUCACAGCAUGUGUGGGGACUACCUGUACAGCGGCCACACGGUCAUGCUAACACUCACUCACUUAUUUAUCAAAGAGUAUUCUCCUCGGCGACUCUGGUGGUACCCGUGGAUUUGCUGGAUCCUCAGCAGAGUUGGAAUCUUCUGUAUUCUCUUGGCGCAUGACCACUACACUGUGGACGUGGUGGUGGCGUAUUACAUCACCACGAGACUCUUCUGGUGGUAUCACACUAUGGCCAAUCAGCAAGUGCUAAAAGAAGCUUCUCAGAUGAACCUCCUGGCCAGAGUGUGGUGGUACAGGCCAUUUCAGUACUUUGAAAAGAACGUCCAAGGAAUUGUACCUCGAUCUUACCACUGGCCCUUCCCCUGGCCCGUAGUCCACCUCAGUAGGCAAGUUAAAUACAGCCGAUUGGUGAACGACACAUAACAGCUGUACAAAGUGGGGGAACGAGGAACUGUCCAAAGUGCUAAGAACUCCAUGAGAGAAGAUGCCAUAAAAAUAAACACCUCCCUAAUCCUAUUAUCUUUCAACCGUUACCUUGACUUAACCUAUUGAGUUACCUGGUCAGCACUGUGAUCUUUUUUCUCUCCAAAGGACCCGUGUUGGACAAAAUAAAGAAAAUUUCACCUAUCAUGCACUGUACACAUUUCCUGUUCAUAGGUUUGGGAUUUACAUAACCCAUGACUACCAUGUUCCUUUGUAUAUGAUGCAACAGCAUAAAUGUAAAAGCUUUUAUAUCAUAAGUUCUGGUCUUUCCAGUCACAUCUGGAAAUAAAGCGUAUUAUUUUCUUGGGAAAACAUACUUUUCAUAUCUCUUGCCCCAAAGAUUGGGCUGUAAGCCAUUUUCUAGGAAAUGUCGCUAUGAAGGUUUCAACGUACCUGAACGGAGUUUGUUUCUGAAAUCUUUCUGCCUGUGGCACCAGUUUUCAAAUAAAAAUGACAGACACAGAAAGGUUUGAUAACUUGUUGGGUUUUUGUAAAAUCAGCAGAGAGUGUCAAAAAAGUGCAAAAAAAAAAAAGAUUCUGUUAUAAAGUGAUUUUUCUAAGUAUUUCCUAACUUUAUUUUUCAAAAUGAUGUUAUGAAAACCAAAUUUAAAGAUUUUUACAUGUCAGAGAGAAGAGUUAAAAUUUAAAAAUGCUUCUUGGGAGAGAAAUUUGUCUAUGUUUCUAGUGCCUUUCUUGUCUUGAUUGUAUGGUCAGUAGGCAAUCUUCAAUGUUUUUCUUUCAAAUAAAGUAUUCCAUGAAAUGUAUGUAUACACUACUAAAUUUUGCAUUUAUAGCUAACGUAAAUCAGAAGACUGUUUAUGGCUUUUAAAUUGGUCUGAAUUAAACAAUGGGGAAGCUAAUUAAGAAUAAGAGCCUGUUCACAUAUUGUGAGUAGGUGGCAACAACAUGUAUUACUUAGAUUAUUUUAGCAUUUAUUUUGGUAGUUUGAUUUUAACUAUACAAUGAAAACAGCCAUGGAUACCCCUUUUUUAAAAUAAAUAAGAGUUUUAAAAAUUAUCACCCAACUAAAACAUGGAAUCUCUUUUCCAUACUCUCAUGACAAUUUUGUUGGUAAACAACAACAAAAAAGAGAUCUAUUUCUUUAAAAUAUAUUUGUGCAGAAACUGCAUGGAACUCCUCUAAGUUUUACUCCUACCAAGGUAUGUUUGGGGAAGUAUUCUAUUCUAUACUUGCCAAUAUGGAGAACAAAAUAGUUUUUUAAGGACGAAGAAGUAUAUAUAUCCAUUCUGUAUUUUACGUGCCGCAGAAUUAUCUCCUAUAGGGGUUUUUUGUGUGUAUGUAUCCACAAGGUGAUCUUUGUAUUGUAAAACAAUAACGGUGAAGGAAAUAAAAAGGCUUUUAAAAAUUUGUUUGUUUUAAAUCUUUGUAAAGUUAUUAUUCCAGAGAAUAUACUGAUACCUUACAGCUUACCUAGAUCAUAAAUUAAUCAAAAUGCACUUUUUAAUAAAAAAAUGAUAAAUGAUGAUUAUUUCU